AUGGCGCUCCCUCAAAUCUCCAAGUGGCCUUAUCGCGACAUCAACCUCAAGGUGGCCAACGACUCCUACACCUUUACGUCGCCCUCAUCUCCUGAUGCCCCGGCCUUGAUUCUCGAUCGUCCGACCGGUGAUGCCCGCCUGAGCGAGGGAUCUAUCAGCUCUUCCAAGCGAGUCUCGCGCGUUUCCAGCAUCGCUGGUAUCCUCGGCAUCAUCCAGCUCCGCCUAGAUAAAUAUGUCAUCGUCAUAAGCAAGGCUCAGCCCAUGGGCCGCCUCAAGGGCCACAUGGUGUACAAGGUGGUGGCCACCGAGAUCCUGCCCAUGCGUGAGCGACAGAUCCACGACCCAGACGAGGAUACAUUUAUCGGCCUGCUCAAGUCCUUCCUGGCCUCUGGCCCCAUGUACUUUUCCUACUCGAUCGACCUGACCAACUCGUUUCAGCGCCAGUCGCAGGCCGACACGAGCCGCCCCCUCUGGAUGAGGACCGAUGACCGCUUCUUCUUCAACAAGCACCUGCAGACGGGCCUGAUCGACUUCCGCCUGAGAGGGUCACGGAGCCAGCCCGGACCGCAGCUGAGCGUGGAUCCCUUCAUCCUGCCAUGUAUCUUUGGCAUGUUCGAGAUCAAGCCGACCACGUUCAAGAAGACGCCGCUGUCGCUGGUCCUGAUAUCCCGCCGGUCGCGGUACCGCGGCGGCACCCGGUACUUUACGCGCGGUGUCGACGAGCUGGGCCACGCUGCCAACUACAACGAGACGGAGCAGGUCGUCAUCUUCAACGACAGCACGUCGAGCGGGCUUCACGGCUACGCGGGAAGCUCCGACAUGCAGAGCGGCAAGUACGGCGGCAGCUCGGGCGGCGAUCACGACAUGCAGAUAUUCUCUUACGUGCAGACGCGCGGCAGCGUGCCCACAUUCUGGGCCGAGAUUAACAGCCUGAGCUACACGCCCAAGCUGCAGGUCCGCAGCACCGAGACGGCCAUUGCGGCGGCGCGCACGCAUUUCGCCGAGCAGAUCAACAUCUAUGGUGACAACUACCUCAUCAACCUAGUCAACUCCAAGGGUCGCGAGGCCAAGGUCAAGGAGUCGUACGAGCAGAUGGUCCAGGCCCUGACGUCGUCGGCCUCAGGCAAGCUGUCGGACAGCAAGCUGGCGGUGCCCGACGGAUCCGCGUCCUCCGGGGCUAGCGGCGGUGCCCUGUCGGACGUCGACUUCCGCCGGCUUCACUACGUCUACUUUGACUUCCAUACGGAAACCAAGGGCAUGAGGAUGGACAAGGCGUACGGGCUGGUAGAUCGGAUGGCGGCCGAGAUCGAGGCUCAGGGCUACUUCCGCGGCGUGGACAUGCCGGCCAACAAGGAUGACAUGAUUGACGCACGCAGCUACCAGCGCAGCGUGAUGCGCACCAACUGCAUGGACUGCCUGGACCGGACCAACGUGGUGCAGGGCAACUUUGCGCGGCACAUGCUGGACCGCGUGCUGGUGGACCAGGGCCUGAUGCCCCGUGGCGCCACGUUCCGCGAUGAGGACCCGGCCUUUGAGCUCCUCUUCCGCAACCUAUGGGCCGAUAACGCCGACGUCGUCUCCCGCUCGUACUCGGGAACGGGCGCUAUGAAGACGGAUGUCACACGCAUGGGCCACCGCACCAAACUCGGCGCCCUCGAGGACGGCCGCAUCGGCGUCACCCGCUACUUCAAGAACAACUUCCUCGACGGGCCCCGCCAGGACGCCUUCGACCUGUUCCUGGGUGCUUACCAGCCCGGCGCGGCCAACAUCGGCACCACGCUCAUCUUCGUUGACAGGCGCCCGCUGCUCAUCCAGUCCGUCCCCUACCUCCUCGCCUUCAGCACCUUUGUCAUCCUCGUCGGCCUCUUCACCAGGCGUGAUCCCGAAGCCAGCUCCCUGCCUAUCCGCAUGUUCAUCCUCUUCUGGACGGCCGUGUCCCUCUGGUGUGUCAGCUUUAUUACCAAGCACGGAAUGCUCUACGUGAACUGGCCUCGUCUCAACCCCAGACCCUUCGCCACAGAGGGCUACUCGGAGCACUACGCCAAGGCCCGCAAGAACCCCGUCGUCGGAUCCUUCGUCGCCAAGCACGAGAGAGGCCUCAGCACAGCUCGGUACAUGAAUGCCGAGGAGGGCAAGAAGAGGAUCGAAUAG